AUGUCGCCAGCAGUGGAUACCACCCAAAGAAGGCGAAGGUUUGUAGGGUCGCGUGAGCAAGAUGAAAAGGGCGGCCGGUCAGCAGUGAUUAUACGUGCGAAGAAAGGAGCAUCAAGGCUUAUAAAUCAAAUUCCGCAGGAAAUCUUGGACGAUGAAGAGCUUAAAGAGGCAGCACGUCUUUUGCCUUCAAAUUAUAACUUUGAAAUCCACAAGACUGUUUGGAACGUGCGAAAGAACAACGCUAAACGGGUAUGUUUACAAAUGCCAGAGGGACUCCUGAUUUAUUCCAUGGUGAUAGCCGACAUAAUCGAGCAAUUUUGCAAUGCUGAGGUUCUGGUGAUGGGAGACGUUUCCUAUGGAGCCUGCUGCAUAGAUGAUUAUACCGCCAGAGCCCUGGAUUGCGAUAUGAUUGUUCACUAUGCACACUCGUGUCUUGUUCCCAUCGAUGUGACCAAAAUCAAGGUCCUUUAUGUGUUUGUGACCAUCGUCAUUGACGAAGCCCAUUUGAUGAGAACCCUUACUAGAAACUUUGAACAUGGAACUCGAUUGGCUGUAUUCGGUACGAUACAGUUCAACCCUACGAUACAUUCGAUCAAAAACAAAUUGGAAGGUCCAGAGUCAGACAAGCUUCUCUAUGUCACGCCUCCUCAAAUAUCUCCAUUAUCCAAGGGGGAAGUGCUUGGGUGCACUUCCGCGCAUUUAGAUCCUAACCAGUUCGACGCUAUGGUUUACAUCGGCGAUGGAAGAUUCCAUUUGGAAAGUGCUAUGAUCCACAACCCUUCGGUUCCUGCUUAUAGAUAUGACCCGUACUCUCGCAAGUUCACUAGAGAGUACUACGCUCAGGAAGAAAUGGUGCAAGUGAGAUCAGACGCCGUGCGACGCGCGUCAGAGGCGAAAAAGAUAGGACUGAUCCUGGGUGCUCUGGGACGACAAGGAAAUCCAGUGACUGUGGAACGAUUAGAGAAACAGCUUACUCAGGCAGGAAAAACUGUUAUCAAGAUCAUACUAUCAGAGAUUUUCCCAGGAAAGCUCGCAAUGUUCGACGAUAUCGACGCUUUCGUUCAAGUUGCCUGUCCUAGAUUAUCGAUCGAUUGGGGAUAUGCCUUCCAUAAGCCAUUGCUGACGCCAUACGAAGCUAUGGUGAUGCUUGGAGAGGAACAGAAGUUUGAGAAAGACUUUUAUCCUAUGGAUUACUACGCUAAAGAUGGUUAUGGAAGAGGUAAAAAGCCGGAAAGGGGCGAUUAA